AUGUAUGGAUGUCUGGUCGGCGUUCCAUCCACUUUUCUUUGCCAAUUCCAACAAACUUUAUUGUCCCUGUCAUUGGUUACUUGUUCUUCCAUAUAAAACCUCCCAAUCUCAAACGGUUCUCCUUCAUCUCUCUCGGAGACGAUGCUCGGUGCUCAGUUUUGCUCCCGUACAUUCUCCACUUUCUGGGUUUUCUCAGAUUCACCGGAUGCUUAUCACCCAACACCCUUCUUUUCUUUUCCUCCGCUUCGCUCCUCUCCCAUCCGUUUACAUUUCACGGCGAAUCCCCGCCCUAAUCCGAAACGGGCCCUCAUUUCUUGCCACUCGAUCCAUGGUAGCUUCGGGUCUCAAUUUAGCAACGAGGACGACCCAGAUCAUCAGUUUUUUAAAGCUUCUAUUCUCGUUUCAGAAACUGUUUCGCACUACCGGAUGUUAAGGCAAGGAUUUGAAGAGGAAAUAAAAUGGCUGUCGUCUAGGAGACAGCAUCCCAUGUCAAGGCCUAAAAUUGCUUCAAUUGGGCAAUCCUUUCUUAGUCGAUUUCGCAGUCCAACUAUUUUUCUUAAGAUUUCUUGUGAUGGAGAUUUUUUGCUACCCAUUAUUGUAGGUGAAUUCGCUGUUGAAAAAUUAAUAGCUUCCUUUUUGGGAGUUGAGAAUGGGGAUUGUCCAGAUCAGUUCCAUCUUGUUAAACAUGUUGUGGAGAGGCUUGAAUACAAAGUUAAGAUGGUGAGAAUUACAGAAAGAGUUGUUAAUACUUAUUUUGCAAAGUUAUAUUUUACCAAGCCAGGGGAAAAUGAUGUGAUAAGUGUGGAUGCACGACCCUCGGAUGCCAUCAAUGUGGCUAAUAGAUGCAAGGCUCCUAUCUAUGUAAGUAAACAGAUUUUCUUGGAAGAUGCUAUUAGAAUUGGCUAUGGGAUGUGCAGAGUGUGUGAUAGAAAGUCUACUUAUGAUGUAUUGCUCGACAGUGCUGCAGAUGGCCCGGAUUUGCUAACGGAGGAGUUGAAUCUGGUGAGAAAUAUAGAUUUAGCUGUCGAUGAAGAAAGGUACAAUGAUGCAGCAUUGUUAAGAGACAAACUAAUGAAGCUACGCCACUCAAGUGAUGAUCAGUGACAUGUUUUGGUAGCGGUAAUUCGAUUCGGAGUUUCAUCGGCUGCUCAGUACUCAGCUAUUAUAGUUUACAGGGCACAGGAUCUUGUUAUGCCAAAGUAGUCAGCAGAGAGAACCAUUAACCUGUUAACCUAGAAUUUCAGUGCUAGAUAAGCGUGAGUGAAAUUCCUGGAAUGGAUGCGUAAUAUGUAUGUAUGUUUCUGGAUUCAUUGUAUAAUACUGGAAAACCUAGAUUCACAUAUAUUUGGGUU